GCUAUAACGCACUCGGCCCGCCAGCCCAUCAGUCGAGCGUCCAGUGUGGAGGAGCCCGCGUCGUCGUCUGCGUCCAGGUUGUGAUUUGUUUGAUCAGAAGCAAACAGCGUAAAAAGACCAUGAGGUCGUUAAUAUUAAUAUUAGGCGCGGUGCUGGCCGCGGCGGCUCAGAGGCGACCGCCCAACUACAGUCAGGAGUACAUGCCGGACACGAGCUUCGACUGCCGCGACAAGAUCCUGGGCGGCUACUACGCGGACCUCGAGACCGACUGCCAGAUGUUCCACGUCUGCGUCAAGGUCCCCGGCGUCGGGGUGCAAGACUUCCGUUUCCUGUGCCCCAACGACACGUCGUUCGACCAGGAGAACCAGAUCUGCGCCAGCUGGUACGAGGUCAACUGCGACGCCAACAUCCUCUUCUACAGCGACAACUUCGACCUCUACCGCAUCGGCUACUCGCCCAGCGGCGCCGCCCAGCCGAGCAGCAGCGCCGCCCCCAUCGCCCUGGGCCCGUCGACGGCGCGGCCGGCCCCCAGGAGCCGCCCCCAGGCCCGCCCCCAGGCGCGCCCGCGCGAGGACGAGGAGGAGUUCUACCUGCAGCGCAGCGACUCCGGCGACCGCCGCCUGCAGCAGGGCAAGGACCUCAGGAGCAGCAGCAGUAACUACUUCGGCAGGAACAAGGGCAAGGAGGAGGACUACAGCGCAGACGCCUACCUGAAGAAGACGGCCAAGCCCUACAAGCCUGUCGCCCCCACGACGGCCGCCGCGCCCACCACGCUCGCCGACGCCUACUCCACCGCCGCCAAGAAGAAGGUGGCCGUGCGCAAGCUGCGCAAGCGACCGCAGCAGCAGCAGCAGCCCGAGGACCCGACCACCGCCGCCUACGACCAGAGCGCGUACCGCGGCCAGCAGGGCUACAACGCGCCCAGGAACUACGACUACGUGGCUCCCGCCACCAGCACCACCUCCCAGGCCCCGGCCGACGUCUACAGCACCUACACGCCGCGGUACAACACCGUGCAGCGGAACGGCAGCCCCCCGUCGACCACCCAGGUCUCCGCGGCCUUCGGCUACGACGGCAGCUACCAGCAGGCGGGUGCCCAGAACAACUACAAUGGCAACAACUACAACUUCGCGCCGAGGGCAAGCAGCGCCAGGGCCACCGACUACCCCACGACACCUGCGCCCACGAACAACUACCAAAACAUCCAGAGGAAGACCCCAGAGUACCCAACGACCACUCUGAGGACGGCCGCCCCGAGCAACUACUAUCAAGGGAACGCCAACGCCGCCGCCUCCUACCAGUCGACGCCCAACUACGAGUCCACCGAGUACUCGAACGGCAAGAACUACAACUACAACUUCAACGGCGCCUACACCUCGACGGCUGCCCCGGCGUCCUACGACCAGUACAACAACUACCAGAGCGCUGCUCGCGGCACCAAGCAGGCGUCGCCGAGCUUCCCCGCGACGACUGUCGCGCCGGCCUACAGCAGCUUCCAGACGACCAGCGAGGCCUACAAGUACAACAACUACAACUACCAGAAGACCGCGCAGCCGCAGUACGACGCGCAGCCCGGCUACCAGCCGGAGGCAGAGUCCCUGAGGACCGCGCAGAGCAGCAACUACGGCCCGAGCAGCUUCAACAACUACCAGGGCGCCUCCGACGGCAAAGCCAACGCCUCGAGCGCGACGCCCAAGAAGAGCCCCGUGGCGACCGGCAGCUACGACUACAGCGCCCAGCAGUCGACGACCCCCCAGGCCAGGGCGUCCCCGGCGGCUUACAGCCCCACGGCGCCGGCCGCCCGCAGGCGACCGCCCACCACCGCCGCUCCCGUCUCGUCCACCAAGGGCGCCAAGGACGUGUCCUACGACUACGCCUACUACGACGAGUCCAACACGGAGUACGACGGCCUGGACCCCAUCAGCGACCACCACUUCGGCAAGGGCAAGGAAUCCUUCAAGGUGGCGAGGUCCGCGAAGCCCUAGGACCUGCGACCGGCUGCCGAGUCGCCGUCUGUUCACUUCAUCCGCCCGUCAGGACUAUUGUUUCUAAUGAAAUGACACUGCCUACUGGUUAAAGUCUUAAGACUCAUUCGCCAAGUUACAUAUGUAUGUACUUCAGUUUCAUGUCAUUGUUUUUGUGGUGGGGCAACUCCUGUAUUUUCCCAUGUAAAAUAAGUAAUUGAAACUUAUACUUUGAUGCCGAUUUUGGAAAUAAAUGUGUGUUAAAUGCUGUUUACUAUCUGUAAAACAUCAGGCAAUUGUUGAGAAUUAAUACUUUUGUUUUUACUGAUUGCAUCAUUUUCACUCACCGACUGUUUUCUGUUUCCACAGCUAGAUGAUUCAUAUGAGAUAACAUAUAAGAUUACAUUUUUAAAAGAUCCUUGAUACAAAUAUUAUAUUAAAGCAGGGUAGAUGAGACGAGCCAUAAGCAUAUUUCAGGAGCAAGGAGAUAUCCACAUUCAUACUCAUUUCAGUAAUAUCAUUACUUACCAAAAAAAUUUCCAACAUAUAAUGGCCAGUACUUAUUGCAAGAACACAAAAUUUGAUGACUGUUUGUGUUUAUAUGUAAGUGAAAAAUAAUCAUGUAAUUAUACAGCCAAAUACCUGUGCUACCCUAAUUUACAGAUGAUGAAAUGAAAACAUAUAUUGUUGUGUAGGUCUUCCACUGUUAUUAAAAUAAAAUAUUGAAAUUUCAUUAUAUUGCUUUUAUUUUUAAGUUAAAUAUUCCUGUAUGUGUAUAUAUAGAAAACCGGCUACCGUUAUUGAGAGAAUUACUUGAACUUAUUACUUAAAAUUAUGUUGUGUGUGUUGUUACAAUGUUAAGUUAAUAAAAAUUAAAGUUCCAUACCAGAAAACUGAUUCUACACUUUUUGAUUGUUGGAUCAGUAAUUCGAACUUUAAUGAGACCAAACCUCCAGUAAUAUGUAAAUACAAUGUAAACAUAUUUGUAAAAUAAAUAUUUUGUAAGCGGAACAAAAAUAUUUUCUGUGACUGUCUGCCUAAGACGACAAACUGGCAAACCAUUUUCUGAUGUGUUCUGCUCAGUCACAAUACAUGUAACUUCCACAAGAACUGCCCGUUUAACUCCGUUGCAUUUGCCACUGAGAAGCAAAUUUUUGAACCUACAAUACUGUCUGGGUCUAAAAUGAGCAAACACAUCUCUCCAGAUAGAAUAGCCCUACUACCAUCUUGUAUUUAUUGGCACAGUUAAUCACAACUUACUAUCUUUUCAAGAUUUUUUUUUUAAUAUUAUCAUGGUCUGGAUGAGUAACAUACUCCCAUAUGGCAGGAAACAAGAUUUUUUCAUGUGGUUGACUGUAGGUGAUGUAAUUUUGCACGAAGCAAAAUGUUGACAUCAACAAGAGUACAAAGCUUGGACCUGUUGUUUUUCGAGCAAUAAAACCAGCAUCUCAAUAAUUACGAAUAAUAUCAGUCAUUUAAGGUACCCAUCAAAAUUCAUUCCCUUAUUGUG